CAAGCGAGAUUAACUAUCUAAAUUAACACAUUCAACUUUGAUUUAUUACUCAAUCCCCGAUGUCGAUCGAUCGCUGUCCAUGCAUCAGAGAAGAGCUACGAACGUAUCUUGGGCUAUCUUCGUGAACUCCAGCUGACAGGUGUUAUCAUUUUCAACUUACGACUUCAUUCCAUUUUUCAGGGCGACCACUUCCUAUCAAAACUGAAAGGAUCGUUUUGAAGUUCGGGGAAAACCAUUUACCCUCAUUUCAACCUAGUUCUCUAACUAUUUUUUGUGAGAUCUGCUCUCGACUCUUUACGUUUUCAGAAUAAUCGACAGCUCAAGUCCCAGCCUGUUUAAAGAUCACAAACUUUGGUGAAAGGAGAACUUGAAGGAGACCAACUGCCCAUCUAAUCACAAAAUCUAAAGAUGAGUGAAGACGGCUUGUGUAAGAAGUUUGUGUCAAUGAUCUCCAGGAAAAGAAGAUCUGAUGAAGACAUUGAUGCUCUCUCUGGUUUAACACAGAGGUUUCCUAAAGUAAUAAAAACAUUCUCUCAUGAGGAUCUCCUCAAGAUCACUGAGUUCUACAAGCCCAACCUGGCUUAUGUGAUUGAAUACGACAUCACGAGUAUCCUGCAGAACCUGGCCACCAAGAACAUCCUCACCAACGAUGAGGCCAAGAGAUUCAAAAAUAAAGAAAAGUUUGAGGGUCUAGCAGGUGUGGAGUCCUUCAUCAGUGAUAUAAUGAAGAUGGACAGACUGGUGAGCCUGUGGGAGGCGCUGGCUGAAGAACUUGAGAGAUUUCCGUCACCAAACCUGACAUUAAUACUGGAGGAGGUGACAGAGUGGGGACAAAAACUUUUGGUGGAUAUUCAGGCCAGUCUCCAGCCCCCAACCAUUAAGGCUCAUAUUAAAGGCCUCUAUGAAACCCACAAAGGUGGUGUGUCUGAAUCCACAAGAAGUCUGGAGGAUCAGGCUUCUCUUGAUGACCCAAACAUGAGAGCUGUGGACUUUGAGACUCGAUACACAGAGCUUAUGGUCAUCAAACACUACAAAAGAACAUACAGUGAGAGGCACCAUGAACUGGUGAAGAUGGGGAAGACUCAUGCAAAGCUGGUAGAGGAGCAGACAAAAAGCAAAUGUGAGCGAAUCUGGACUGAACAUCUUUUCAGAAGGAGUCCAGGAAAUGAGACUGCACCCCGUAUUGUAUUUGUCAGUGGAGUGGCUGGAAUGGGGAAGACCACCAUAGUCCAGAAGAUCAUGUUUGACUGGGCCAGAGGCACUCAGUAUCAGAGGUUUGCUUUUGUGUUCCUGUUUAAAUUCAAGGAGCUCAACCUACUAGACACAGAGGAAGAACCACAGAUGCCUCUGACCAGGCUGAUUGUAAGACACUAUAAAUAUCUCAAUGACCCGAGACUGAAAGAAAUCCUUCAGGAACCCGAAUCUCUCCUCUUUAUAUUUGAUGGACUGGAUGAGUACAAACACACACUGGACUUCACAGAGCAGCGACUCUGCUCAAACCCAGAUGACUACAUUCCUGUUCACACCCUGGUCACCAGCCUGGUUAGAAGGACAUUACUGAAGGGCUGUACAGUUUUGAUCACAAGCAGACCAACAGCCCUGGAGGCCCUAGACAUGAAGAAUGUUGAUCGAUUUACAGAAAUCCUGGGGUUCUUCCCUAAACAAAGACUGAUGUACUUUCAGAAGUUCUUUGGUGAUGCUGAUCGAGGCUCAGAGGCAUUUCAGUAUGUGGAGGAGAACGCCAUCCUGUACACCAUGUGCUUCAACCCCUCAUACUGCUGGACUAUCUGCUCUGUGCUGAAGAGUCACUUCAUGACACCUGAAGCAGAGCGAGGAGCUGCACCCAGAACUGUCACUGAGCUCUUUGUGAUGUUCCUUCACAACAUCCUCACUAAUCACAAGCGACAAGCCAAGGAUCAGCGGGGGAUUCUGAUCAAACUAGGAAAAAUGGCUUAUUAUGGAGUGGUCAACAGAAUUCUUGUGUUUUAUGACAAGUUUGAGAUGUUCACCUUUGGUCUCCAGCCAGUCUUGUCCUCUCCAUUCCUUUCAGGGUUCCUCAAAGAAAUCCUUCAGAGAGAAAGCACUCUGGAGCACACGACAUACACAUUCUACCACCUCACCCUGCAGGAGUUCAUGGCAGCCUUAUCAUAUUAUCUUGGUCCAUCAGGGGGUAUCAAAGAGCUGCUUGAGAAGUUGGAGUCAAGUCAAGAUGGCCAGUUUGAGAUUCUCACUCGAUUUUUGGCAGGACUGGCCACUCCUUCUGUGUUUAAAACACUGGGGGGAGUCAUGGGGGACUUUGAGAGGAAGACAGCAAAGCAGGUACUGGACUGGGUGAAGCAGAAAGCUGAACAGGCACUAUGGGGCCAAGAUAAACAUGAAGCUCUGCGAGUGUGUCAGUGGCUCUAUGAGACUCAGAAUAAGAGGUUAAUCAGAGAUGCCAUUGGGCAGGAUUUAAAAAUGGACUUUAGUGGGAUGACUUUAUCUCCUCUGGACUGUGCUGUGCUGGGCUCUGUCAUCAGCUGCUGUGGAGAAUUUGAGGAGCUCAACCUGAAAGAGACAAACCUCACUCCAGAGUGCAUCAGGAGAUUGGAGCCGGGGCUCAUCUGCUGCAGACAUGUCAAUCUGGCUUCAUGCCGAAAUUUCACUGAACUUUGCUCAGCUUUCUCCUCGGCUCUCACUGCUGAGCACUCACGACUGACUGAGUUGGACCUGAGCUGGGGUUUUCUGGGAGAUGCAGGAGUGUCUGAGCUGUGUAAGGACCUGAGGGACCCAAACUGUAAAUUAGAGAAACUGAGACUGUUCUCAUGUCGUCUCACUUCCAGAUGUUGCUCAGCGCUCUCCUCAGCAGUCUCAUUUCCACAGUCCCAACUGACUAAACUGGAACUGAAUGACAAUAAUCUGUGUGAUUCAGGAGUCAAGAGGCUCUGUAAGGGGCUGAGGAGUGAAAACUGUAAAUUAAAGACACUGAGGUUGUCUGAAUGUUCUCUCACCUCUGAAUGUUGCUCAGCUCUCUACUCUGCUCUUUCCGAUGAACACUCAAGGCUGACUGAGCUGGAGCUGCACAGCAAUAAACUGAGGGAUUCAGGAGUGACUGAGCUGUGUGUGGGGCUGAGGAGUGAAAACUGUAAAAUAAAAAGGCUGAGCCUGACUAAAUGUGGUCUCACUUCUGGAUGUUGCUCCAUUCUCUCUGCGUCUCUCUCUGCUCCACAUUCACGACUGACUGAGCUGCAGUUGGAUGAAAAUAAACUGAAGGAUUCAGGAGUGACUGAUCUGUGUGAGGGGCUGAGGAACACAAACUGCAAAUUAGAGUCACUGAGGCUGGACUCAUGUCACCUCACUUCUGGAUGUUGCUCAGCUCUCUCCUCGGCUCUCUCUGCUCCACACUCACGACUGACUGAUCUGAACCUCAGUGACAAUAAACUCGAGAAUUCAGGAGUAACUGAGCUGUGUGGGGGGCUCUGGAACAAAAAUUGUAAAAUAGAGAUAUUGAGCCUGUCUCAUUGUCAUCUCACCUCCAGAUGUUGCUCAGCUCUCUCCUCUGCUUUUUCUGCUCCACACUCACGACUGACUAAGUUGGAGCUGAAUGACAAUAAACUGGGGGAUUCAGGAGUGGAUCAGCUGUGUGAGGGCCUGAAAAGUGAAAACUGUAAACUAAAGAUACUGUGCCUUUCUAAAUGUCACCUCACCUCUGGAUGUUGCUCAGCUCUCUCAUUGGUUCUCUCUGCUCCACACUCACCACUGACUGAGCUGGACCUCAGCAUCAAUCAACUGGGUGAUUCAGGAGUGACUGUGCUGUGCAAAGGGCUAAGGAGUGAAAACUGUAAACUAAAGACACUGAGCCUGGCCUCAUGUCAUCUCACCUCCAGAUGCUGCUCCGCUCUCUCCUCAGCUCUUUCUGCUCCACACUCACAGCUGACUGAGCUGAAUUUGGGUGUGGUUGACUUAAAAGAUUCAGGACUGACUGAGCUGUGUGAGGGGCUGAGGAGCACAAACUGCAAAUUAGAGAAAUUGCGUGAAACCAUCCUGUAUUUAUUGACACUAGCAAUCACUGAGGGGUUAGCGGUGGUCCUGUCUAAUCAGAUCCUGCAUGAAACCGGAAAGCAAUCUUUUGUGGUCCUCCUAGUGGUGGUCAUUUGUGAGCAGAUCAUGAGCUGUGACCCCAGUGGUGUUCAGCCUGCAGGUGUUAAGGUUUCCCAAGGUUUGACACAGAAGUUUCCUAAAGUUAUAAAGUCAUUUUCUUAUGAUGAUCUCCAGAAGAUCACGAAGUACUAUAAGUCCUACCUGUCCUAUGUGAUUGAAUACAACAUCAUGAGUAUCCUGCAGAACCUGGUCACCAAGAACAUCCUCACCAACAAUGAGGCUAAGAGAUUCAAAGCAGCAGAAAAGCAUAAGGGUAGAGCAGAUGUGGAGUCUUUCAUCAGUGACAUAAUGAAGAUGGACAGAGGUGUACUGGUGAGCCUAUGGGAGGCUCUGGCAGAAGAAGUUGUGAGAUUUCCAUCGCCAAACAUGACAAGAAUACUGAAAGAGGUGACAGAGGCAGGACCAAACUUUUUUCAGGCCAGUCUCCAGCCCCCUCCCAUUAAGGCUCAUAUUAAAGGCCUCUAUAAGAGACACAGAGGUGGUGUGUCUGAAUCCACAAGGACUCUGGAGGAUCAGCCUUCUCCUGGUGACACAAACAUGAGAGCUUUGGGAUUGGAGACUUCACACACAGAGCUAAUGGAGCUCAACCUCCUAGACACGGAGAAAGAACCACAGAUGCCUCUGACCAGGCUGAUUGUAAGGCACUAUAAAUAUCUCAAUGACCCAAAGUUGAGAGAAAUUCUGCAGAAACCUGAAUCUCUCCUCUUUAUAUUUGAUGGGAUGGAUGAGUACAAACACAAAUUGGACUUCACAGAGCAGCGACUCUGCUCAAACCCAGAUGACUAUUUCACUGUCCACACCCUGGUCAUCAGCCUGGUCAGAAGGACAUUACUGAAGGGCUGCACAGUCCUGAUAACCACCAGACCAACAGCCCUGGAGACCCUGAACAUGAAGAGAGUUGAUCGAUUUGCAGAGAUCCUGGGGUUCUUCCUUGAACAAAGGCUGAUAUACUUUAAGAAGUUCUUUGGUGAUGCUGAUCAGGGCUCUGAGGCUUUUCUGUAUGUGGAGGAGAACGCCAUCCUGUACACCAUGUGCUUCAACUCCUCAUACUGCUGGAUUAUCUGCUCUGUACUGAAGAGCCACUUCAUUAUACCUGAAGAAGAGUGA